UUUUAUUGCACGACAAAUGAAACCUAUGGCUUUGGCUUUUGUCCGCUUUUUGAUGGGCUGUGGACAGGGUAUAUUAGUCCCUUGUGUUAAUGUUCUUAUAGCUCAUUGGUUUCCACUUGCUGAAAAAAGUACAGCGAUAGCAAUAUCCACAACAGGCAAUCAAAUUUCUGUUAUUAUUGCAAUGUUUCUAACUGCUGAACUUUGUGUUUUGGAGUUUUUGGGUGGUUGGGCAUCUGCUUUUUAUAUUUAUGAACUUUGUUUAAUUCAAGAAAUUGAUGGAACUUUUAAUGAAUUAAAGGAACAAAAAUUACAAAGAAAAGUUAAUCCAAAAGAGGUUCCAUGGAGAAAAAUUCUUUCUUCUUUAGUUGUUUGGUCAACUGGUAUGAGUUCUUUUAGUCAAAAUUUUAUGAAUGUUGGAAUUGUUGUUUAUUUACCUACUUAUUACCAAAAUGUUUUGGGAAUGGAUUUGACAGCGAAUGGUUUAAUGUCGGCAUUGCCUUUUGUCGUUCAACUUGUUACAAAAAUAUGGUUUGCUGCAGUGAGUGAUUGGAUAAAACGCAGUUUUGGUGCAGGUGCUUGCUUUGUACUUCUUUCAUUUUGUGAUUGUUCAACUCCUUAUUUAGCUAUCGGAUUGGCAAUUACUGCUGUUGGUCUUAGUUCAGGAUUUAUUCCUGGUUAUAAUACAAGUGUUGUUUGUAUAGCACCGAGAUAUACUUCUUCUAUAGCUUCAUUUAGUCGAUUACUUGGUCAAAUUGCAUCAGUCGCAUCGCCAUAUAUGAUUGGACUAAUCGUUGGUACAAAACAAGAAUGGCAAUUUGCAUUUUGGGUAAUGGCUUUUAUUCUUAUAAGCACUGGUCUUUUAUUCCAAUUUUUUGGUUCAGCAAGUAUCCAAGAAUGGGCAACUCAUCAUCCUACUAUGACUAUCUCAAAGGAAAAUAAAGAUGAAGAGCCCCUCUGUGAAUGUGACCAGUCAUUAAUGGAGAAGACAGAAAAAUCAGAAAAUAAUGAUAAUAACAAAAUUCUGGUAGAAAAAUUAAAUAGCAUGGGUAUUAGCUAGAGGAACAGCGGUGAUGGCUAAAAUAUGCACCCCGAACUUUUAUUUAGGGGUCAGUAUAGUGAUUCAAAUUCACCACUCGUUUCUCUAUACACCAUUUCUCUAUACAAUCAUUCACACAUUCCACAAAAUUUACCAAUUUAUUUUGCACCAUUUCCGGGUUUAACUACUUUUUAUUCAUAACCUUUUUCAGUUUUCUAUUUUACGCAUCGAGAUAUCUAAUUCUUUUGUUCGAUUUAAGAAUAGCUUUUAAUCUUAU